GUUGAUCCUACAAUUUCACUAUUGGUGAAGCGGCCUGUUGAAUUGGAGUUUGGAAGAAUUGAAAAUGUUCCUGAUUUGGAUUCUGGUGUUCAUGGAGUUGAUUUGAACGAAGGAAAUGAUGAAAAAGAAGGAGAGGAGGAUGAGAAGAAGAUGAAUGCUGAUGAUGAUCAGCAUAAAGAAGAUGAUGAUGAUGAUGAUGAUGAUGAUGAUGGUGAUGAUAAGGAUCACCAGAAUUAUAAUGAGAGAAAGGAUGAUGAUGCUGAUGAUAAUGGUGAUCCUGGUCUUCAAGGAGAUGAAGACAAAGGAGUAGAUAAGGAUGCUGGUCUUCAUGUAGAUGAAGACAAAGGAGGAGAUAAUGGUGAUCCUGGUCUUCAAGGAGAUGAAGACAAAGUAGGAGAUAAGGAUGCUGGUCUUCAUGGAGAUGGAGAGGAAGGUGGAAAUAAUGAGAAAGAACCGAAGGAAGAUGAUAAUAAGAAGACUGGCAAUGCUGAUGAUGAUUGUGGUCUUCAAGGAGAUAAAGAGGAAGGAGGAAAUAAGGAGUUGGAUGCUGGGGUUCAUACAGAAGGACAGAAAGGAGGAAAUGUUGAGAAAGAACAACCAAAGGAAGCUGAUAGGAAGAGGAGGAAUGCUGAUGAUGAUCAAGUCAAAGGGGCUAAGGAUAAGGAUAAGUGUAAAAUUUCUACACACGUCCCUACUCGCACCGCUGCUGGUAUUGAUAUUGUUGAUCUUCGUACUCCAACUCCUCUCCUCCUCCUCCUCCUGUUGUUGAAGCAGUUGAGAAUGUAUAUAGCAGAAAGUCUUGGAGAGUUGAUUCUUCUGCUAAAAGGAAAAACAUUGCUGAUUUCGAUGCCCCUUCAUUCCAACUACUAACUCCUAGUCCUGUUGUUGAGGAUCUUCCAUACAGUGAAGAGAGUGGUGAGGGUGUUGGAAGUUCAAUUCCAAUCAUCACUCCAGUAAAUGUAAAAUAUCCUCGAGUAAGUAUAGUUUUAGUUUCUGUUUUAAUUUGUUUAUUUUUCUGUUUCAGUUAGUGUAUGUUUCUUGUCAUUUAGUAUAUCUUUUAUUUCAGUUAGUGUAUGUUUGUUUGUUGUCAGUUAGUAUCAGUUUAUGUUUGAGUUAGUGUAAGUUUCAUGUCAGUUAGUGUUUCUUUUUUGUCAGUUAGUAUUAUGUUAUGUUUCAGUUAGUGUAUCAUUCUUGUCAGUUAGUAAUUGUUUAAUUUUCAUUUGUUUUAUG